AUGUUACACCCCGUGGGUGGAGCGAUGCUCCUAAAAAGCUUAGGAACGAUUUUAGAAGAAGGAAGAAGGGGUAGCAUGCCGCAAGCGCACACACUUUUCCACAAGGUCUACCUUAGGAAACCAGUCAAAAAACGGUUGGCGAUAAAUGAAAAAAAAUCCCCGGCGACUGAUUUUUUUUUUAAUCAUUUUUUGAACCCGUCGGAAAUUCUAUGGAGUAAAAAAUUAAAUAAAAAACAAAGGGAAAAAUAUUUGGUCGCGAUGACCGGGGAAGAACAAAAGAGAAAAAAAUUACCAUCGAAUACGAAAUUGCAACCGAAAUUUGUGGAAAAUUUAAAAAAGAAAACGCAUUUCACGAGACAGGAAAUAAAUUCCCUUUGUAAAAUUUAUCGUAAUCUUUUAUCGAAUGCAAAAAACACGGUGAGCAAAACAUCAUCUCCAGCAGCCAUCGUUUCCAAUCCUGGAAUGACGCAAACUCAAUCAAAAGUCGAGGGACUGGACAGAAUCGUUUUCAGAGAAUUGAUUCAUAACUCAUUCGAUUUAGUCACAGAAGAAAUAUUAAUCGAUAGAAUUUUCUCGGCUUUUGAUAAGAACAACGAUGGAGUCAUAAAACUGGAAAAUUGGAUUUGCGGUUUGUCCAUUUUUCUCAGGGGCACUCUGGAGGAACGAGCUUCGUUUUGUUUUUUCGUUUACGACAUGAACGCUGACGGUUAUAUAACCAGAGAUGAAAUGAUGCCACUCCUAAGAAACAGUUUAAUGAAAUCCCCGCAAGAUGAAGAUCCGGAAGAAGGUGUUAGAGAUCUCGUGGAUUUGGCAAUGAGAAAAAUGGACGGCGACAAAGAUGGUAAAUUAAGUUAUCAGGAUUAUUUACAAGCCGUCACAUCCGAACCUCUCCUUCUGGAAGCUUUCGGUCAAUGUUUACCAGCGGAUUUAGCAUGUCAAGCAUUUAUCAUGACUUUAACCGGUAACAACUGA